GGGGCAGCCAAUACGAGCAUCUUGUGGAGCUUGUACAGUAGCGUGGUGACAACGCGCCAUGGGCGCUCUUCCGUGCACUCUACAACCGGUGCCGCCAAUUAAAAAAAAUAUCCCAAAGCAAAAAAAUUUUAAAAAAUAAUAAUAAUAAAGCAAUUUCCUUUGACCCUUUCUCCUUUCGCGGUUUCCUGUCUACCACAGUUCUCCGUUCGUUCUACCUCUAGGGUUUCCUUCCCAGCAAGGCAAAGCGGUCUCCUCUCUCCAGAUUAUGUCAGAAGAGGCAGAGUACCGCUGCUUUAUUGGGAACCUCUCAUGGUCAACAUCUGAUAGACAUCUGAAGGAUGCAUUUGAGAAGUUUGGCCAUCUUCUUGAGGCAAAGGUAGUUGUUGACAAGUUUUCUGGACGCUCACGUGGAUUCGGGUUUGUUACUUUUGAUGAGAAGAAAGCAAUGGAAGAGGCUAUUGAUGCAAUGAAUGGAAUGGAUUUAGAUGGGAGAAAUAUUACUGUUGAUAAGGCUCAGAAUAACCAAGGCUCUGGUAGAGAUCAUGAUAGUGACCGCAGCCGUGACCGUGGCCGCGACCGUGAUAGUAACCGGGACUAUGGUGGUGGUGGCCGUGGAUCUAAUGGUGGAGAGUGUUUCAAGUGUGGUAAGCCAGGACAUUUUGCCAGGGAAUGCCCUGGUGAAGGAGUAAGAGGGGGCAGGUAUGGUGGCAGGGAUGACAAAUAUGGUGGAGGUGGUGGAGGUAAUCGUUAUGGACCUAAUAGAACUGGAGAUCGAUUUGGUGGGCGCAACAGGGAUGCUGGCAGUCGUGGGGGUUCAGGAGGUGAUAGGUAUAAUCGGGAUCGUUCUGGACCAUAUGAGCGCCGUGGAUCAGGAGGUUUUCGUUCUGGAUAGAAUUGAUGCUUAAUUGUGUUGAAGAAGGUGGAGGUCCUGCUGAUACCAUAUGGAAAGCUUUGGAGUUCCUUUCGACGGAUGCCACUGCCUCAUCAUCUUUUUUGGAUGGAUCGUAUAAUUUUACUGGAUUGGUUUUUGGAAGUGUGAAACUUGGCACAAAAAUUCAACUAUGUUAUGUUCCUAAAAUGCUCAAUUCGAUGUUUUGGGCCAGUGGAGUCUUAUGCUUACUUGACAUGCACUUUGGAAUUGGGUCUUGUGCUCUUUGAAUGCCAUUCUUGCUGCUGGAUUCUAGUGA